AUGCCUCGACGCGCAAAAUCCAAGUCAAAAGAACCAAAGAAACAAGCGGGCGGCGACAAAAGUGCACCGACACCAGAACAAUGGAACGAAAUGAAACAUUACACGUCGUUUAUCGUUCACGAUCAAGAAGGGAACGAAAAUAGAUUCUCGCAGGGACAAUCAGCGACUAUCCUGCCGUUCAAUCGCAAGCCUACUGAGAAGCUUGAAUUACAUGAGUAUUGGGUAGGAAAAAUUAGGGAAAUACGGGCUAUAGAUUUCGAGGAUGAGGAGAGAAUAAAUGAGGUGUGGGUGCGUGUCCAGUGGUUCUAUUCCCCGAAAGACGUUCACAGCGUAGUCAAAUCAUUCGACGCCAAGUCCUGCGGUAAAUACGAACGAAUAUUCUCGGAUCACUUUGAUCUAGUCAAUUCGGAGGCCUUCAACGACGUCGUCCCCGUCCUCAAGCUCUGGGAAAUAUGGGAACCAGACGCCGAACAAAUCUUCAUCCAACAAGAACAAUUCUAUUACCGCUACACAUUCGAAUACAAAGCCCGCACAAUCGACCCCAAACCCGGUAUAAACACCUGCAUCUGCUCCCUCCCUUACAAACCCGACGACCCCAAUUCCCUAAUGCACUUCUGCCCCCGCCCCUCCUGCAAAAAAGCAUACCAUCAAAAAUGCCUCAUCAAAGGAAAAUACAAAGAUACAGAAAGCAUCUCAACACGACCGCUCCGCCUCCUCGCUUGUUCGCCCGACACCAGCACCCCUCUCACGCUGGACGACCUAACACCCUCAAGAGAACCACCAAAGAAAAAACGGCGUGGUCGGCCACCAAAAGCAAAAAUUGGUGCCUCACAUCCUCUCGAAGAAAAGGACGCAGCAGAGUCAAUAUUACUAUCACUCCCACCCGCACUCGUACAAUACGCAGAACAGCCCAUGGUACGCGGGGCAGCGUUCAAAGCAGGCAGCGUAGCAGGGAACAUCACAGCUGUAUCCGUUGCGCGAAGGCUCGUGCACGCUGCGCUAGGGGGCACGCCUGUUCCUGAUAAUUGGAAGGAAAUGGUGUUUGGCGUUGAGGAUGCGCAGGCUGGGCCGAAUCCUAGUCCUGUUGUUCGUAUUACGGGCGGUGGUAAGAAGGUUAUACCUGCUUUGAUAUGUCCUCAGUGCCGGAGUUGUAUUUAA